AUGGAAAGCUUGGACUUGCUGGGAUUCCUCAUCAUCACGUUAAACUGCAAUGUGACCAUGGUGGGGAAGAUCUGGCUCAUCUUCAUGGUGCUGUUGAGGGUGGUGGCGGUCGUCCUGGCAGGGUACCCCGUCUACCAGGACGAGCAGGAGAGGUUUGUCUGCAAUACUCUGCAGCCGGGAUGCGCCAACGUGUGCUACGACGUCUUCUCGCCCGUGUCCCUCCUGCGGUUCUGGCUGAUCCAGAGCGUGUCUGUUCUCCUCCCUGACGCUGUCUUCAGUGUCUAUGUCCUCCAUCAAGGAGCCGUGCUGGCUGCCCUGGGACCCUGCCGGUCACACGGAGGUCCCGUGCUGAGCGCCGGGGAGAGGCGCUGCGCGGGGCGCUGCCAGCCGAGCGUGCCCGACUUCUCCUGCGGCUACAUCGCCCACCUCUCCCUUCGGAUCCUGCUGGAGGCCGCUUUUGGGGCCUUGCAUUACCUGCUCUUUGGAUUCUUGGUCCCAAAGAC